AUGAAGUGUUCCCAAUGCGGUGGGUGCAGGUUUGAUGAGGACCCUGCAAGAGGUGACAUGGUAUGUGUCGAAUGUGGUGCAGUAGAAAGCGAAAAUGCCGUUACAUCAUCUGUUGAAUACAUUGAGAACCCUGGUGGGACAACCACAGCCCUUGGCAACUUUGUUUCUUCUGAAAGCCAGAUGCCGGGUUUUCGUGAAUCGCGCUACAUCACAGAACAAAAAGCUCGGAAGCGUAUCGAAACGAUCUGCGGUCAACUUCGUCUGGGUGCUGAUGUUGCCGUCUCUGCAUUCCGAUAUUAUCAAAGUGCCCUUUUUCGUGGAUUUACUCGUGGCCGGAGUUCUUUGCAGUUGGCGGCCGCAUGCAUUUACGUUGCAGCCAGGCAACUUCGAGUCAACUUGAUGCUUCUUGAUCUUAGCGAUGCCGUUGCAAUCAAUGUCUAUCACGUGGGACGCACGUACAUAGACUUAAAGCGUCGUCUUAAUCUUUCCCUUCCUGAAGUAGAUCCUUGCUUGUUUGUGGAACGUUUCGCAAGUCAGUUGGAUUUUGAAGAGAAGACCGCUAUCGUAGCCACAACAGCAAUGCGGUUGCUGCAGCGUAUGAAAAAGGACUGGAUUAGCACUGGUCGACGACCAAGCGGACUUGCAGCUGCAUCACUUCUUGUUGCCGCCAGAAUUCACGAAUUCAAUAGAACGGAGGAAGAUGUCGCCAAGGUUGCGCGUAUAAGCCAAAUGACUGCGAGAAAGCGAUUAAUUGAGUUCAGUAAAACUCCAAGUUCGGGGCUAAGUAUCGAUGCCUUCUUCACUGUUGAUUAUGAUGAAGAACAAGACCCUCCUUGCUUUGGACAGCCGACACAAAGGAGACGAUUUGAUCUCAAAGACCUCGAUAUGGAACAAGUUUCAGCUGAGAUAAAGGAACUCGGCCGUCGGAUCGAUCAAGAACUUGAUGAACUCGCUAAUAAACGGAGAGUGAGCGUUGCUAUUAACGACAUUGGCUUGGCCAACUCGAAGGGCCUCCGGCAUCUGGUGGAGUCGGACAGUCUAUUAGUUAAAGACGAUGAAGUAGUAGGGGAGAGGGAAGAGGACGAAGGGGCUGGUGCAGCAGUGGAGGUAGUGGCAGAGGGACUAUCCUCGCCGCCAUAUCUGUCAGCAGCAACGUGUGGUCGCUCCUCACGCCAGGUGCUGCGCGAAGUUCUCGAUGGAGUGGUGGAUCCCGAGAUCCUCGACUCCUGUGUGGAGGACCUUGAGCUUAUCACCGCACACUCGGGGGCCAAACUGUGUGAAUUGGUACGCGCCACUCACCAGUGGCGCAAUGCUCGAGACGCCGCCGAGGCUGCUGCCGCCACCACCGAUAUCGCUGCCAAGCGCCUUGAUGCCUCGACCUCCCAGUCCUCACUAUCCACCCUCAUCCCAACCGAAGACUCCCUCAAACUCCCGCAUUUUCUCACUCCUCUCGAAUCUGCACAGUCCGCCAACGAAACUCAUAGGAAAAAGGCCGAAAAACGACGGCUUAAAGAGGAAAUGGCCAAGCGACCCAAACGUUCACGUCGUGGUCCACGCAAGAUCUACCGUCGCCAGCGUCGAAUGCCAUGGCAUGCGUCCAGCAAGGAAGACGGCUCGGAAGGUGGUCUGAACGAGACUGAGGAGAGUCAGUCUCAGCCCAUCUCAAAGAAGAUAAAUUACGCAGCACUGGAAGCUAUCGUAGGUGCAAAGGCGGAGGUAUCGUCUGCUGCCGGAGAGGGUGCUGCCUCUGCCACUAAUCCCUCUUCAUCCUCCUCCUUGGCACCAGAGAUCGGCGUUGGUAUUGACGGCUCGGCUGUUCCAUCGCCUGGCUCCCACGCCCCCAACCGUCUGCUCGAGAAGACUGUUUGUGUCUCUACCGCACAUUCCAAGUGCCUUCCGUCCUCGGUGUCGUCUCCAGCACUGCUGGAAAACCUGCAAGAUCAACAAGAGGAAGACGAAGUGGCAUCGGAAGAGGAUGAUGUGGAGGAUGAAUUGUACAACGAGCAGCAAGAAGACUCAGAUUGGUCCGAAGGUGAUGAGUGUUGGUGA